GGCGCCGCGGGCCCGUCCCAGCAGCGCCCGGAGCCGGCAGGCGUCCUCCCGAGCGUCCGGCCGGCCGCAGCGAGGGCCUGUCCCCCGGGGCGGAGCCCGGCCGCCGUGGACGAGAGGCUCGUCCUCUACGAGGACUGGGAGCUGGAGGCCUGCGUGGACGCGGCCCUGCUGGACGCGCAGAUGGACCGGGUCAGCCUGAUGCCCUUCACCUACCAGCAGCUCCGCGUUUUCAAGUGCAAGCUGGACGAGCUCCACCCGCAGGGCUACCCCGAGACCCUGGUCAGGCGCCUGGGGAGCUUCUUCCUGGAGGUCACCCCCGAGGAUGUCCACAAGUGGAAUGUGACAUCCCUGGAAACCGUGAUGUCUCUGCUCAGAGCCAGUGAAGGCCGGAAAGUGGACGCCCAGGUGGCCGCCCUGAUUGUCCGCUAUGUAGCGGGAGGUGGCCAGCUGGACCAUGCCACCCUGACCGCCCUGGCCGCUGUCUGCCCCGCCUCCCUGUGUGCCCUCAGCCCCCAGCAGCUGCGCUCAGUGCCUCCCAGUGUGCUCUGGGCCGUCCAGCCCGCGGACCUGGAUGCGUGCCGCCCACCGCAGAUGGACGCGCUCUACCGCGUGGCCCGCGCCGCCCUGGGGAACCUGAGCGGGUCUGAGCGCCUCUCGAGGAUCAAGCCCUUCCUGGGCGGGGCCCCCUCAGAGGACCUGCGGGCUCUUGCUGGACAGAAUCUAACCCUGGACGUAGCUACGUUCAAGAAGCUGCAGCUAGAGGCGGUGCUGUCCCUGACCGUUUCCGAGGUGCAGAGACUCCUGGGUCCCAACGUGCUGGGCCUGAAGGCCGAGCAGCACAGCAGCCCCGUGCGCGACUGGCUCUUGCGCCAGCCACAGGGCCAGCUGGACCGGCUGGGUUUGGGGCUCCUGGGGGGCAUCCCCAAUGGCUACCUGGUCCUGGACCUCCGCCGCCAAGAGGCCCUUGCCAGGGGUCCCCACCUUCUUGGGCCUGGACCUGCGCUCGCGUUGACCCCCAUCCUGCUCCUGGCCGGGACCCUGAACUGAGCUCACCUCGGAGGCGGGAGCAGGACCCCACCCCACGCCCUGCCCCGCUGCGGGACCCUGCAGGCCGGGCCGACGGGGCAGUGCUGGCGCCCCGCCAGGGUUGGGGUUCAAUAAAGAGGC